CUCACUCCCCUCCCCGCCGCCACGCUUGAGAGAGGAAGAGCGCGCGCGGAGAGCGGAAGCCCGGGAGAAGGCGGCGGCCGGCGGCAAGAUGGUGCAGCGGCUCACGUACCGGAAGCGGCACAGCUACGCCACCAAGUCCAACCAGACCCGCGUCGUCAAGACCCCUGGUGGGAGGCUUGUGUACCAGUACACCAAGAAGCGCGCGAGUGGGCCGAAGUGCCCGGUCACCGGGAAGAAGAUCCAAGGAAUUCCACACCUCAGACCUGCUGAGUACAAGAGGUCCAGGUUGUCAAGGAACCGGAGGACUGUGAACCGUCCGUAUGGUGGUGUUCUGUCUGGUACUGCAGUUAGGGAGAGGAUCAUUCGGGCAUUUUUGGUUGAGGAGCAGAAGAUCGUGAAGAAGGUGUUGAAAAUCCAAAAGACCAAGGACAAGGCCUCCAAGAGCUAGUCACAAUUGCAAUAGGCAUUUGCCACCAUGUUUAAUUCUCUUCGAAUUUGUUUCAGUAUGAAAUUUUCUCGUGGUUUCUGGAAAUCCUGGUUCUAGUGCUAGUAUCAGAUCGAUGUGAGUGAUUGAAUUUUGAGCGAAUCCUUUUAACUUUUGGAACUUAAGAUCGGUGGAAUGUUUUUCGCUUGGCUAUGAGGAUGUCAUAUAUUUUGCCCUUGUUCA